AUGAACAAAGCUCUUCUUCUAAAUUGGAAGUGGAGAAUUUUGAAGGAGGACAAAGCAAUUUGGAGUAAAUUUCUCCUCUUGAGAUAUCUCAAUCCAAAACUCAAAGUGUUAGCCUCUUGUGAGGAAGUUCUAAACCGGGAGGAUUCUUCUUGGUGGAAGGAUGUUAUUCUUAACGAUUUCAAAGAGGAGAGUUCCGAUGAGGGAUUCUCCGAUUGGGUCAAUUGCAAGUUCAAGAAAGGCAAUAACACUCUUUUUUGGCAUAGUUGUUGGUUGGGAGAUCAAACUCUUAGUACCUCUUUCCCGUACUUGUUCGAUCUUUCAACCAAUAAGCUUUGUGCGAACAUUGAUGCUAUCGUUGGUAUUGAGCGAAUGCUUCCUCCGGGUUCUUUUGGGGGAGACUCGGCCGGGGCCUCUCAAUUGAGGGACUUAAAUGUUUUAUUAAACGGAAUUGAGCCGGACAACUCCGAUUUUGAUGACUUCCAUUGGAAUCUAACCUCUAACGGUUGUUUUUUGGUUUCUAGUGUCUCUACGGCGGUGUCUAAUGCUAAGGAUUCGGCUUGGAUAACUUCCACAAUCAAAUUGUCGGAUGUUGUUUGGAAGGGAUAUGCUGAUGAAUGUUAA